CGACUCUCUCUGCUCCAGCACCCACCUCUCUCUCUGUCUCUCUAAAGUUCCGAUCUUUAUCUCUCUACAAAUACAAAUCCCUAUUCUUUGAAACCAUCAUCAUCAAUGGCCGGCCGAGGCAAAACCCUAGGAUCUGGAGCCGCCAAGAAGGCCACAUCGAGGAGCAGCAAGGCCGGUCUGCAAUUCCCGGUCGGCCGUAUCGCCAGGUUCUUGAAAGCCGGCAAGUACGCCGAGCGAGUCGGCGCCGGAGCUCCGGUAUACCUCGCCGCCGUCCUCGAGUACCUCGCCGCUGAGGUGCUUGAAUUGGCUGGAAAUGCUGCGAGGGACAACAAGAAGACCCGGAUUGUGCCUCGGCACAUCCAGCUUGCUGUGAGGAAUGACGAAGAACUCAGUAAGCUUCUUGGAGAUGUGACCAUUGCGAAUGGUGGUGUUAUGCCAAACAUUCACAACCUUUUGCUUCCGAAGAAGACUGGUGGGUCGUCGAAGCCCUCUGCUGAUGAUGACAGUUGAAUUGUGAAGAACUGGGUUGGGUUUGAUUCAGAGUUUCCCACAGUCUUUAUUAGUAUUUUAGGUUUAAAUUAGGGUUUGAGAUGUAUUGUUGUUUUAGUGGUUAGUAGGUAGUAGCGUUUGGUAAUGUGAAUAUCAAUCAACCUUCUGUUUUCUCAACAGAUGGAAUUACAUUGAUGGAUUAUUGAAUGAAUGAAUGUCAACUGUGGUUCACUUCUCUUGAUCCUUUGUUUA